AUGCUUAAGCAGGAUUUUGAACUUUUGGAAUCAUUAAACCACGGAGUUCACGAUGACGCUGUGCCGAGCUCGCAAAUGGGGCGACCUUUGAGUCUCUGUAUUCUGAGACCAAAGCCCGAGCCCACAGUUACACACUCGGCCUCUGCAUCUCCAAACAGGGAAAUGACUGGUGCCUUCCUGGGUCAUCAAAGGAAUGACCAACUGGAUUCCAAGGCUCAGUGUUCUUCAGAUCGGUCAUGUAAAGCUGAGCAAUACACUCCUGUGAGUUCCUCGGACCAACCUUACAACUCCACACUUGAGGAAGCAAAGUCACUUCAUGUUCGAGACCAAGAUGAGCGCCCCCAUGCAUGUGACCUUUGCGACAAAUCGUUUACUGAGAAAAGCACUUUACGCAAACACGUCAGAUUUGUUCAUCUUGAUCAGCGCCCCCAUUCAUGUGAGCUCUGCGACAGAUCGUUUGCUGUGAAGGACACUUUACGAGCACAUGUUGAAUCUGUUCACUUUGCACUGCGCCCCUACACAUGUGAACAGUGUGGUAAAUCGUUUUCCCAGAGGAGCUGUAUGCGAAUACAUCUCAGAUCUGUUCAUCUGAAUCAGCGCCCCCAUUCAUGUGAGCUCUGCGACAGAUCCUUUGCUGAUAAAAGCGCUUUGCAAAAGCAUGUCAAAUCCGUUCAUUUUGCAAUGCGCCCCUAUACAUGUGAACAGUGUGGUAAAUCGUUUCCCCAGAAGAUUCAUAUGCGAAUGCAUCUCAGAUCCGUCCAUCUAAAACAACGCGAUCACACGUGUGCGCACUGUGGCAAAUCAUUUGCCCAAAAAGCCAGUUUACAGUCACACACUACCUCUGUUCAUUUGAAUGAGCGCCCCCAUGCGUGUGAGCUCUGUGACAAAUCGUUUUCCGAGAAGGGCACUUUAAAAAAGCACAUCGAAUACGUUCAUCUCAAUCAGCGCCCCCAUUCAUGUGAUCUCUGCGACAGGUCGUUUGCUAAUAAAUCCACUUUGCGAACGCAUGUCGAAUCAGCUCACCUUGCACUGCGCCCCUAUACAUGUGAACAAUGUGGCAAAUCGUUUUCUCGGAUGAGUAAUAUGCGAAUGCAUCACAAGUCCGUACAUCUGAAUGAGCGCCCCCAUGCAUGUGAGCUCUGCGCAAAGUCGUUUGCGGAGAAGAGUAUAUUACGAAAACACGUCAAAUCUGUUCAUUCUGCAGUCGGACACUCAGCUUCAAAUCACCACGCAAUUGCACAAAGAUAAGCUGAUCCAGGUGAAGCAGCGACUAGUCCUCGUAAUGUGGCGAUGGCUUACAAUACGUGAAAUGUUCCUUGAAUGCUUUCCGUCAGUACUUUGGUCUCCCAUUGUGAAUGCGCUCAAGCGGCGAUGCGGAAUUUACGUACAAUUCGCUCUUUUCAGACAUACAUUGGCAGAUGGAAAAUUAUUGACCUCAUGAAUUUGCCUGCAGUCUUCCGCUGUGGAGCGCGCCGUCACUUUGCAUUUGUCUCCCACCGCAACUUUUGAUGCGUUUGUAUCUUUGUACAUAAUUUUAUCUAAUG